UGAUAAUAAUCAUGUGCCACAAAAAAGUAUUUGAUAAACUUUUUGAUUUAAUUUUUUUUAUUGUUUUUCCCUUCAAAUUUUCAGAAGCGAAUAAGAGAUUUACAAUUGACGGUGGAUGAACUUAUGCGUGUCAUGACAAAUCUUUGUGGAAAAGGCAGAAUAUAUUAUGCAGAAAAAGAUAUAUCCGACAUGGAAGUUGAAAUGACACUUAUUGAAAAUAGAUCUUCAAAUCCCAUGGCAAAAUGCAAAGAAAUAGAGGAGGAAAUUAAAGAGAUUGAAACUAGACUUGCUCCGAUCGAGGAGAAAAUAAACGAGUUGAAAUAUGAGGUUGAAGAUGAUGAGGAGUUUGGAAUGCCCAUACAAGAAUCAGAUAAAACACAGCAAGGCAACAUGGAAAAAUUACAUGAAAAAAAUCCUAAAGGCAAGGAAAGUUGUUUAUCGGGAAUGGCUGAAAUGAAAAAUUCAUUGCCAGCAUCAAAUGAAGAAAGAUACAAUAUGUCUGGUUUUUCAAAUGAAGUUGUUGCUUUUACUGAUGAGGAAGAUAAACAAGAGGAUAAACAAGAAAACUAUCAAAAAGAGUAUACAAAUGAAACCACGGAGAAAAUCGUCCUAAAGAAAAAAGAUCCUGAAAAAGUUAAAUGGAGUGGGAGUUUUCCUGGAAAUUUGUGGAACGAAGGCUGUGGGGAUAACACUGUAACAGACAAGGACUCAGACCCAAAGCAACAGAAAAAUCCAGGGCGUUUGGAGAUUCUGGAGUCAAAAAUCAAGGAACUAAAAGAAGAAAUUCGCCAAUUAGGAGAGGAUAUUCAUAGUGUGACUGGAGUAGGUAUCUUGCAUAAUACUGAGAAGAAAAUAAAACAACUUAAUCAAGAUGUGACUCUACUUGGAAGUAUGAUUAAAGGCAAUAUGAAUAAUCUUGAAGAAAGAAUAAAAAACUUUGAAGAAAGAGUAAACCAAUUACAAGAAAACAUUAAUACACAAAGAGAAAAUCAAAGAAAGAUUUUUGACAGUGUUGAUAUUCAGAAAAAUUGUGAGUCUGAUUCAUUAUAAAUGCAAUCAUGAAUUCUCUGGUACCAAACACAUUUGCCCUUUUGCCUUGUGUUCAAAAACAUAUCCUUUAUCCAGAGAAAUUGUGUGUCUGAUUCAUAAUAAUUGCAAUCAUAAAUUCAUAUAUUGUCCAUUACAACCUGGAUAUUUUCAGCAUAUUUUCAGCAUCUUCUCUGAAACCAUUGAGCCAUUUCCAAUCUUUUUUAUGCUUAUACCAUAUUGAAUGAAGGUGAACAAAAAUUAUAUACUAAGUAUUUCAUAGUCCUUGCCCCCCUUGGCAUUAGGGGGUAAUGAUCAAACCAUCAAAAUAAGUGAUAUAAUUAAAAAUUUUAUCUACGCUUAGACAACAUUUUAUAACUUAUUGGCCCUGUCAGGGAUUCUGGAAAAAGGGUGGAGUAUAGUGCAAAUGCAUAAAUUCUCCGAAAAUCAUUGAUAAAUCAGGUGCAUGAUGUCCAAAGGUGCCUGUUCCAAAAUUGUGAAGUUUGUGGCCUCAGGGUCAGAGGUUCUGCCAGAGGGGGCUCAAUUGAUUAUAUAGUGGAAGUGCAUUUCUUUACAAAUCUUCUUUUCUGCUUCUGUCUAUUAUACAAAGAGGUUGUUUUGAUAAGAAAGUAUGCCUGUUACAAAAUUUUCAAAUUUUUGUGCUCCUUGGCAUUUAGCAGAGAAAUUUGUGCACCAUAAUGAACAUCAAGACUGCAUCUUCCAAAACUAUGAAAUAUGUGGACCUAGGAUCAAGGGUUCAUGUGAUUGGUUGGGCAGUAUACACCCCAUAAUUAAUGCAUUAUUUUAUGAAAUGUUCUUCUUUACUCGUCAGUAUUAUGCAAUUAUGGAAUUAAAGGUGAACAUUUAAAUACCCCCAUUUAGAAAUCAAUUUAAAAUCUCUGAUUUAGAAAUCAACUAAUAUACAGCGAUUGACUUUAGUAUCGCAUAGUAUCUAUCCAGUCCCUUGUCUAUACCAAAUCCAUCCAUCUUCCUGAUGCCCCAAGUUUGUGGAACAAUCUAGAUACUGUCAUGUGGUGUUUUUUCAAUGCAGUGACUAUGUAUUUAUAAUAAUAAAACAAAAAUUAUGUUUGAUAAUCUAAUUGCAACAAUACCUAUUAUUUCACUAGAGGGAUGCAUGAUUUAUUUUAAAUUAAUUUUUUUCUUUCUUUCUUUCUUUUUUUUUUUUUUUUACACAAAAUUAAUAUUAUUAAAAAUUAACUCCUGCAAACACUAUACUGAUUGCUUAAGCAUGCUCUGUAAAGGUCAAAUGCUUCAUAGAGUUGAAUAGUCUUUCUGAGUUUUUUGAACAAUUAGAACAAACAGAGAGAACGCAAACACAAACAAAAGAUAUUUUUCCUCCCAAAGGGUAUGGGCACAAUUUUCUUUUUUCUAUGAAAUGGAUACACUCCAAUUAAUAUUGUAGUUAUUUAUCAGCUAUCACCUUUAAAUUGCAAGGGUUUCACUAAAGUUACAUUUUUAGCUCACCUCAACGAAAAUUUGAGGGGGAGCUUUUGGGAUACCCUCGGCGUCGGUGUUGGCUUCCCAGGUUAAAGUUUUUGGUGCAGUUUUCUUUUUAAGUAACUCUAUGCCCUACAUGGGUCAGAUAUGCAUGAAGGAUGCUUCUAGUGUGCUCGUUUACCAGCCAAGAUUUCAGAUGCUUCAAUUUCAGCAAAGGAAUGACCAGAUUGAUGUUUUUGGAGCAGGUUUAAUUUUUCUGUGCAGGUUUAAGUUUUUGGUGCUGGCCUCAUUCCCAAGGAACUAUAAUCCCCAUGUUGACUAAACUUGCAUGAAUGGUACAUCUAAAGAUGUACACUACCAAGCUUGCUUCGAAUGUUGGAUUUCACAUAUUUUUCGGUUGAGUAAACAUUUAAAGUUUUUGGUGGAGGUUCUAUUUCCAGGUGACUAUGAACCCAAUGUUGACUCAACUUUGCAUGAAUGAUACCUCUAAGGAUGCAUUACCAGGCUUGCUUCAGAUGUUGGAUCUGACCUAUAUUUUUCGAAUGAGUGAACACGUUAAUGUUUAUGAUGCAGGUCCCAUUUCCAAGUAACUAUAAACCCUAUGUUGUCCAAACGUGCAUGGAUGAUACAUCUAAGGAUGAUACUUCCAGGCUUGCUUCAGAUGUUGGAUCUGACCUAUGUUUUCCGGAUGAAUGAACAGAUUAAAGUUUAUGAUCCAGGUCUCAUUUCCAAGUAACUAGUAUAAGCUGUUUGUUUUCCAAACUUGCAUGGACGAUAUAUCUAAGGAUGCACACUAAAAACGGGACCAGAAAUAUGAAAACUUUUGUAGAAGCUUCUUUUGGCAAUGAAGAUUCUAAAUUGUUCAAAUUAUGCCUCCUUUGGGUAGGGUGGAACAACAAUGGGGAUUCAAACUUUUACAUUUAAAUAUGUCUAAAAGAAAAAAUAUUUUAAAGUCUAAAAAUUACGUGAAGACUUCAUGAGGUAAUAUAUAUUUUAAAUUGGUCGAAUCAUGUCCCUUGUAGAUAAGGUGGGGCUACUAGGGCAAAAUCUUAUUUAGAAUAGCAGGACAUAAGUGAUUUUUAUGAGCGUUGUGGCUUCUGAGCUUCUUGUUUUAUAGUGAUGUUUGUUAAUAGUAAAUGUGCAAGAUCUGUUAGAUAAUGUUCAAGGAAUUAAAAAACCUUUUUCAGCUCACCUGAGCCGAAGGCUCAAGUGAGCUUUUCUGAUCACAUUGUGUCCGUCGUCCGUCCGUCUGUCCGUCCAUAAACUUUUCACAUUUUCGACUUCUUCUCAAGAACCACUGGGCCAAUUUUGACCAAACUUGGUACAAAGCAUCCUUGGGUGAAGGGGAAUUUAAAUUGUUAAAAUGAAGGGCCAAGUUCCUUCACAAGGGGAGAUAAUCAAGAAAAGACAAAAAUAGGGUGGGGUCAUUAAAAAAUCUUCUUCUCAAGAACCACUGGGCCAGAAAAGCUGAAACUUAUGUGAAAGCAUCCUGGGGUAGUGUAGAUUCUAAAUUGUUCAAAUCAUGACCCCCGGGGAUUGGGCGGGGCCACAAUGGGGAAUCAAAGUUUUACAUAGUAAUAUAUAGGAAAAAUCUUUGAAAAUCUUCUUCUCAAGAACCACUGGGCCAGAAAAGCUGAAACUUAUGUGGAAGCAUCCUGGGAUAGUGUAGAUUCUAAAUUGUACAAAUCAUGACCCCCGGGGGUUGGGCGGGGCCACAAUGGGGAUUCAAAGUUUUACAUAGAAAUAUAUAGGAAAAAUCUUCGAAAAUCUUCUUCUCAAGAACCACUGGGCCAGAAAAGCUGAAACUUAUGUGGAAGCAUGCUAGGGUAGUGUAGAUUUUAAAUUGUACAAAUCAUGACCCCCGGGGGUUGGGCGGGGCCACAAUGGGGAAUCAAAGUUUUACAUAGAAAUAUAUAGGAAAAAUCUUUGAAAAUCUUCUUCUCAAGAACCACUGGGCCAGAAAGGCUGAAACCUAUGUGGAAGCAUCCUGGGAUAGUGUAGAUUCUAAAUUGUUCAAAUCAUGACACCUUGGGAUUGGGCGGGGCCACAAUGGGGAAUCAAAGUUUUACAUAGAAAUAUAUAGGAAAAAUCUUUGAAAAUCUUCUUCUUAAUAACAACUUGGCUAGAAAAGCUGAAACUUAUAUGGAAACAUCCUGGGGUAGUGUAGAUUUCAAAUUGUCUAAAUUAUGAUAAGUGGGGUAGGGUGGGGUCACAAUUUGUAUUACAAGGGGAAAAUCUAGUAAAGGACAGAAUUGUCAAAGCUUCUCAGGUGAGCGAUGUGGCCCAUGGGCCUCUUGUUACAUCUUAGAAUAAAAUCUUUUAUCACCUACAUAGUCAAAAGAUUUUGUUGUUUUAUUAGUGAUUAGAGAUUUAAUAUUUUCAUUUAAUACUUAAUCAAAUAGAUUAUGUUGUUUUAUUAGAGAUUUAAUAUUUUCAUCUAUUCUGUAUGUGUUUUUAGUUUUUCGUAUCAUUUUGAAACCGAUCUAUUUACUGCCAGUCCAUAGACUGCGCAACGUAUUUCGGAAAAACCGAUCUGGGUUUCGAAUUUAUUCUGAGUCUAUUGCCUGCUCAGACAUUGAAUAAUUGUAUAAUAUUCUAUAGCUUCCGUCUUUUCUGUUACCUCCAUUUCAAUUUGAAAUUUUGUUUAUCGAAAGUAACUGAAAUCAUAAGUCUUGAAAUAUGGUAGCUCCUUAACCAUGUUAACCUUGCAACCUGGAAUGUAUAUUGUAUGCUUGAAAUUUUCGCCCCUUUCAAAUUUGUCGGAUGUGGGGUGAAAAAGGGGUGAAUUCAAAGUAAACAGUAUCAAAUCUUAAACAAGACUGCUACUUAGCGUAUUUAAAACGGGGUUAAUUGUUUGCAAAGGGGCGAAAAUAACCUUGUGUACAGUAAUUUGCAUAUGCAUACCACAAAACAUAUAGACAAGAGAGUUACAAUUAGAUAUGGAGGGGCUUGCCUGAGACAAUAAUUUUUUUUUUUUUGGAUUGCUGAGACCUAUUGAUCAGAAACAUGACAUUAACGAUUAGUCAGCCUGCGGAUAUGGAACGCCAUGGCUGCCUUAUGUUGGAUAAUUUUUGUCCCCCGCUUGAAAAGUGGGGGAUAUUAAUUUGGGUUUGUUCGUCCGUCCGUCCGUCCGUCUUUCUGUCUGUCUGUAACGCUUUCGUUUCCACACGAUAUCUCGAGAACCCUUUGAGCUUUUGCAAUGAAACUUUGCAUAGCAACUCCCUAUGGACUAAAGAAGACCCCUAUUGAUUUUGAGGUCAAAACGUCAAACUUUAAGGUCAUAAAUGUAUACAUUCUGUUUGUGUGUAACACUAUCGUUUUCGGGCGAUAUUUCAAGAGGAUGUUGAGCUUUUGCAAUGUAAUUUUAUACCAAAAGUCCUUAGGAACUCUCUCAUUCCUCUCAAAAUGUCCCGCCCCGUUUGUUUUAUUAGUAUUGAUUGUAUUACAUGUCGCUGUUUUUAGCACAGGGGCAUGAAGGAGAGUUGUUACAUAUAAAACAGGUUCUCGGCGGACUUUAUAUUCUUAUUACAUCUAUUAGAACUGUUUAAUAAAGGUUAAAUUAGACAACAUGCAUUGUGUAAAAUUUUGACAAUAUAUCGAACGUGAAUAUACUAGUAUACAUGUAUGUGACUUAAUGUUCGUAUAUAAUUUUCCCCACAUAACGCGGCUUCGUGGUCUAGUGGUAUGUCUGUCGCUUCACAUGAAUAUUGAAACAGGUCGACACCAUAACGUACCUAAAAAUAAUAGAUUUUAUUAUAUGAUUGAAUAAUUUCCAUUUCUCUGAUUGGCUGAGAUCCAACUAUGUUAGAAAAAUACUAUGUUGUAUUGACCUGCACGUGACGUUCCAGGUCAAUACAAGGAUUUAUUUCCUCUACAUUGAUCUAAAAAUAAAUUGGGAAAUUCCAAAUUGAUACAAAUUAUUUUGGAAAGCUAUUUAAACGACUAUGUUUUUUUUUCAUGUGAACAAAACAUAAACGAAUAUAUAUUUUAGGGUGAGGGUGGUAAGAGGGGGGUCCCCCUCCAACACUUUUACUGAACAACAAUUUUUUUUUAAUUUUUUGGCAGUCAUUUUUUCCUGAUAAUACUCCUUCCUUUCAAAAUCUAUCCUAUAAAAAAGACUGACAUUAUAUAUUUUUUCAUGGCAACUAAAAUUGAUAAAAAAAAUCCAUUUCAAAUUGAUACGAUUGGUAAGGUUUAUUCACAUUUUAAUUCUGCUUCUCUCUCGUAUUUGGCUAGGACUUAAUUAAAUGCAAACAAGUAAUGAGAUGUAUUAUUUUAUCAGUGAAUCAUAUAAUAAAUCAAUUAUUGCUGUUUUUUUUCGGUCAAGACAAUGAUUUAGCCAUCUUCGAAGUAUAAUAUUCACCUCGCCCUUCGGGCUCAGUGAAUAUUGCACUCCUCAGAUGGCUAAAUCAUUGUAUUGACCUCAAAAAACAGCAAUAAUUGUAUAAUGUACAUGUUGUAAUCUCCAUGAUAUCGAAGAUGAAUUUCAUUUUCUUUUGAAAUGUCCAUUGUAUAUUGAUAUAAGAAAGAAAUUUUUGAAAAAGUAUUAUUAUACUAGGCCUAGUGUCUUUAAAUCAAUUCAGCUGUUAAGUUCCCAUAAUAUUAAAGAUCUCGUAAAUUUGGGCAAAUUUUUGAACGCAGCAACAAUGUUAAGAAAAAAAAAUAAAAUUGAUGUAUAGAAUUAUUCCAAUGUAUGUGUUCUUUACGUUCACUCUCUCUGUAUGUUUUUUCUUUUUGUUAUUAUCAUGUUUGUUGUAUAACUCUGAUGGGCCAGUUGGCUUAAAGAAAUAAAGAAACUGAAACUGAAACAUGUGAGAGGGCCCGGGAUCGAAUUCCUGAUGAUCCAAUUUUUUUUUUUCGAAAUACAUUUUUUUUUUUACUAAAUGAUAGUAUUCAGCAUGGGAAAUGAAAAAUUUAUGAGGUCUGGCUUGUACAAACACAUAAAAUCAUCAUUACAGUGUGAUAAAUAUUCCAUAAUAAAAGAAUCAUCUACACACAUAAAAAAGAAUAAUCAAUCAAACCUUUAUAUCCAUAUUAGCAUAUUUUAUUUGCUUCAGUAUACAUUUAAUAAUUCUAAAAAUUCAGUCAAGGGGAUCCGAAACCUCCCCCCCCCCACCCCCUGCACAUGGUUUACUUUUUCCCUAAGCGGGGGACACAAAUUCUCUGAAUUAGCUUGUAUUUUUCUCUGAAUUAGCUUGCAUUUUAUGCUCUUGUUCAAUUAUUAUAUGCUGAGUGUUCAUUAUUAUAUGCAGUGUGUCUAUUAUAUGCUGUGGUACUAUGUUGUGGGUUCAUAAUUAUAUGCUGUGGUUCUAGAGUGCAUUAUGCUGUCACAUGUGUGUUCAUAAUUAUGUGCUGUACACUGUAUGUGUUUUCAUUAUGUUACUUUCUUUUGUUUUUCAAAGAAAAUGACUUUGAUAGGCCAUGUACUUCAAACCAUUUGACUCGACACUAAUCAAGUGGUUCGAUAUAAUAGAUUAUUUGGAGAGGAUUGUUUUGCAAUCCUUUCAUUUAUCAAGGAAGGUCUAUAUAACAUCUCAUAUUAAACAGGCAAUGACUUAAAAAUGAAUUCAACUGCAUUAACUAUCAUUAUAUUUUUUUCAACUUUUAUUGUACGUUCAUAUAACCAGCACAAAAUUUUAUGAAUUUUUCAAGUGUGAAUUUUACUUUCCAACCACACAACGACAAUCUGAUUACCGGUAAAA